GUUCACACUGAAGCGCAAACCUUUCAAAAACGUUUUCAUUAUUUUUAGGGUUCCAAAGGGUUUUUUUUUCUAUUAAAUUGUUUGUUGAUCGGAUCGGAGGCGCUACAGAAGUUGAGUUGAGUUCGUUACCACUUCCGGAUUUAGAGUAAGAUGUUCACAGUGGAUGCACGUUCGGAAUUAGCAGUACCCACCGAGACUCGAUUGAAUAGCCACUCCCUUGUGUUCUGGUUGUUCGCGGCCCAUGAGUGAAUACCAAAAGUUGCGCAUCACAGAAACCUUUCGCCUCCUAGCCAUUCUGCCCAGCUCCGCAGUUCAGACACCACGGACCACCGGUUGCCUACAUCGCCCCAAAUUGAUCCGUCUGCGAGCCCACGCCUACGACUGUGAAUUAAAGUUAGGAUCUAGCUACCUCAUCACUGGCUACUUCGCCGGAUCGGCAAGCACCUAUCAGCUGGAAGCAUGCCAUCUAAAAAGCACCUAGAGAACAAAAAUCGCCGUCGGCGUAGCGCCGUUCAGCUCAACGACUUCCUUCGCGGCGAUUACGAGCAGUUCCAAAACAUAAGUCAAUCUGGAAAUCAGUCUCCAGUACCGAGCAAUAAAUCUCAAAACGUCAAUACAAGCUCCGUUGGCUCCAUUCCAUCGAAUGGCCUUCCCGAAAGCGAUGUGACUCCUAUUAUGACGCCCACACCAGAGACACAUUCAAGUGUGAACUUCUGGCACCCGACUGCCGAAAUCGACCAGCCCGACAGCAACUAUAGUGUGGAUACAGAGGAGUUUCCCGAUUUGGGAAAGCGUUUAAAGAGAGCCAAACAAGCCACUCCACCGCUGGCCAAUUCUGAUAAUGAUGAAAUCAUAUUAUCGCCGAAUUCCCGGCGUCGUUUCCGAGGUCGUCGCGGUCGCUUGGUCGAUCCACCAGUGCUGGGCAACUUUCUGCCGGAACCGGUGCGUCCGACAGUGGUCGACAACAGGCAGCAAACGGUGGCGAAGUGGCUGGAUUCAGUGCGUCCUGCUGAUAGUCAACAGACGGGCAACGAUCAGUCAAAUAGUUCUUCUCCAAACAAAGUCAUUCUGUUGAGAAAGGAGGAGCAGCAGGAGGAGAAAGUGGCUGGCCAGCCCUCCCAGAAGCAGCAGAAAACUCCGGACAAUAUUGUACAGAAGCAGCAGACGACUCCUGUCAAUUCCUUGCAGCAGCAGAAGAGCCCUUGUAAUCUUUUACAGCAGCAGCAAAUGAGUCUUUCCAAUGCCGCACAGCAGCCACAGCAGAAUGGUCUUGCCAAUGCCGCACAGCAGUCACAUCAGAAAGGUAUUGUCAAUACCGCACAGCCGCAACAGCAAAAGAGUCUUUCCAAUUCCGCACAGCAGCAGCAGCAACACAAGAGUCCUGCCAAUGAAGCACAGCAGCAGCAACAAAAGAGUCCUGCCAAUGAAGCACAGCAGCACCAACAAAAGAGUCCUGCCAAUGCCGCACAGACUCAGCAGCAAAAGAGUCUAGCCAAUGCUGCAAGGAAGCACCAGCAGCAAAAAAAUCCUGCCAAUACCGCAAAGCCGCAGCAGCAAAAUAGUCUUGCCAAUGCUGCACAGCAACUACAGCAAAAGAGUCCUGCCAAUGCCGCACAGCCGCAGCAGCAAAAUAGUCUUGCCAAUGCUGCACAGCAACUACAGCAAAAGAGUCCUGCCAAUGCUGCACAGCAGCAAGAGCAAAAUAAUGUAGCCAAUGCUGCACAGCAGCAACAGCAAAAGAAUCUAGCCAAUGCUGCACAGCAGCAACAGCAAAAGAGUUCUGUCAAUGCCGCACAACCGCAUCUGCAAAAGAGUCUUGCAAUUGCUGCACAGCAGCAGCAGCAGCAAAAGAUUCUUGCCAUUACUGCACAGCAGCAGCAGCAAAAUAGUCCUGUCAAUGAUGCACAGCAGCAGCAGAAGAGUUUGGCUAAGCCUUUACAGGAGCAGCAGAAGAGUCCCGGCAAUUCUUUCCAACAGCAGCAGAAGAGUCCCGGGAAUGAGUUCCAACAGCAGCAGAAGAAGUCUCCUGGCCAACUCAUUCAGCAACAGCAGAAGGGCAUUGUAAGUCCUUUAAAGCAGCAACCGCUCAGGAGACCUGGCAAUCCCAGCCAACAGCACCAGCAACCCAAAAGUCCUGCACUUGGCGUAAACGUUUCCUCGAUACCAAUUCACGCCUUCGAAGGUCAGCGCAGCCAGCGGCCAACUCCGCACAGUCCUCCUCGAGGUCACCAAGGCGGCGGCGAUGAGGAUGACGAUAUGGUGCCCCCGACGCCAAUCAGCCAAAGCCAGAAAUCCAUGUGGAGAUUUCCGCGACGCUUCGACAACCAGCGGGUGGCGCGCAGUCUGCAGUCGACGAGCCAGGACUUUAUGCAUUCGCAGUCCUCGACGGAGGGAUCGCCACAGGAAGGGGUCGUGCCGCGCCAGGUGCAGAGAUGUGUGCAGCAGCAGCAGCUAAGCAGAAACCAGGUGAAACGACUGCUGGAACAGCAGCCAAGCCGUCAGAUCCGACAGUUAGCCAUGCGCAGCGAGCUGAAUUCGGAUGCCCAGGAGUUCCGGCCCAGGGAGCAGCGUGCGCCAGGAGGAUCGAAUCAGGCGUGGCAGCCAGAACACGGCUUUCACGGCGGAUCCAAAAUGAGCAGGAGACGUCGUCGCCAGCGUUUCUUGCGCUCCUUAAAUCAGAACAACUUGCAGUCAUUGCCCAGCCAAAGUCCGGUCUACAGACAAGAAAAUACCCAUGGACUGCUGCCCACACCCUUUGUGCGGCCUGGCGACUACUACAGUGCCCCGGCUGUAGCACAAGGACACUAUACACCUGCGGCAGCUCCUCCUCCUCAACCGGCGGCCAACCCACCACCAGUCAUAUCCACUCUGACCAACACUCCGCCGGAAACGAUCCAGGUGCAUUUCGGUAGCAAUCCGCCGCCCAUGAUCUGCUACAAUCCGCAGUCGGGACAGAUUUGGAGCAACCCUCCGUCGCAGAUCCCCAUCGACAUAAGGAGCAGCAAUGCCAGCCAGUCGGUUUUUCGGCUUGCCAGCCUCCCGUGCACUGGUGUGGGCACCCCCAAUACGGAUAUGCUUACCGAUUGGUCACGCCCCAGCCAGCCCAACAGCCCCAGCCGCCUCCCGUCCAGUAUAUCCGGCCCCAGCCAAUUAUCUCAUACGCUCAGCUCGCCGCCUAUGGAGGAUCAGCAGCAGCAGGAGUCUCCGGACGAGGACCUGUUGUACAGCCGACCGUUAUUGGAUAUGGACCAGGAGGAUACCCAACUGGAGCAGCAGGACCAGGAAUGGGGGUGGGGAUCGCCGUUGCAGAACCUGCAGCCACUGGUCGUCGACGACCCAGACGGCGGGGAAAACGCCGACGUCGCUAGGGACACAGUUCCACCCCUCGAGCGUCACAAGAUAUUCCGUGCGCCAUCAGAGCAUGGUCAGGACUAUCCCAAGCCGGAUUUGAACUGCGUGCCAUCUAGCAUCAAGAAGCUGCAUCAUCUGAUCUCGUCGCAGUAUUCCGACUAUGCCUUUGUCUACGCUCUGAGUGCUCAGCUCUGUCAGGAGUGUGUGCCCAUGGACUGCUAUGUUUACCUGAAGAUGGUGCUGCUGGCCAGCAUCGUUUCGAUUGAACCCGAUGAGUUGCGGGCCCCGAUUUCACUGUGCAUCAUUGCCACCGACAGCCUGAUGGCCAAUCGCCUUAUGAACAAAGUGGGCCAACUGGCUCCACGUUUCCUUGGACCGCACGAUUAUGGAUUGCACCCGACCUUCAGUGCCCUGCCUACGCGCUUCAAUUGGAUUGUGGCCUGUCCCUUAUUGAUGGCCCAGCAGGGUGUGUAUUACGCCGGCGACUGGACGCGCUUGUCGAAGGAGCAGAGCUGCCAGCUGGAGAAGUGCAUUGAAAAUGGAGCGGUGCCGGUGCCGCAGUUGCAAAUUGAACAGCACUUGGAGGCGGCCGUUUGGACGCACUGGCAGCCCGAGAACUCCACCAAUCAGACGGUGGCCCUUGCCAAAUUGUGCCCGAUUUUUGGCCUGCCCAUUUAUAUGGGUGAUCAGGUUAGCGACAGCCUCUGGAACUUCAUUAUUCAGCGGCACAGCGCAGAAGGACAAAAUAUGUCUCACGAUGGACUAAAUAUUGCCGAGGACGAUAUGCGUAUGCUCAUACAUCUGCUGCACCGACGCAAGACCACAUUCAACGAUAAGGCCCAGUACAUGCUGCAAAAGUACUAUGUGAUCUCCAGAAAAGAGCGACCGACUGUCUUCUCCAGCAAGACGUACAUUGUGCUGAAGCAAUUUGCGGAAUCCUUUGCUAAAUUGGCCCUGCGUCUGGAGGUCCUUGAAUCGGACGUUUGUGUGGCGAUUUUCCACUGCGAGCACUUUGUGCAGCGUAUUUUCGGGACGAAGGAGCAGUUGGCACCGCCGGCGGUAAUCAGUUUCAGCGUGAUCUCCCGAAUCGAUCCGUACAUGAACGAGUUCGCCCGCUGGCUGCUGCAGUAUCUGGAUCGUUAUGAGGACGAGGAACUGGGGAUGCAGAUGGCUAAGCGGCGACGCACCGACAGUUGGGGUUCGCCUUAAACGUUUGGGAAAGGCACUACACUCCACUUUGUCCGAAACCAAUUCGCCAUUGAUUUGGUACUACUUUAGAUUUAUAACCAUCGCUCACAGAAAUAUUUUGAAUACCUUUUGUAGUUUUAUAUAGAUGAAUUUACAACAUUUGUGUUUGUAAACAAAAUCGGCCCUGGGGCCAGACAAUAGUGCCUCUAAUGUAUUCACUAUUUGCGUAUAACAAACAACACCUGAAACACGUUCUCAAGCAAAGUCCAAAUUUGUAAACAUUUCAUUUUCGGUAUAUGUUUUGUGUAUAUCGCUUGGCGGCCGCGGAUAGCUCUUAAAGUUCUAUUCGCGGUAAUCAAAUAACCAAUUUUGAAUAAUCUUGUAGACGGGUAAUUGUUAAUCGUUUAUAAUGACAUUCUUUGCAGUCUUUUGGUAAUCAUAAAUAAUUUUCAAAAUUAUUUUGGUUCAAAUAUUGAUUAAAUUUAAUGUGAUGCCAAAAGUA